AUACCCAAAAAGUGAGAGGGCUGUAAUUCAAGCAGUUGAUGUAUAUCCCUGCAAGAGAGUGAGUGUGUGUAGAGAGAGAGAGAGACCAGAACACGGACAGAGGGAAUCCGCACCUUUCCAAGAGUGAUUAUAGAAAGCUGUGCGUGUGUGCUCCUCCGCGGACUUGCGCGUAAAAACAAUCAAUGAAGGAGAGAAGAUCUAUUCAAAAACUGUCCCUUCAGCCCGGAAUGGAUCCGAGUCAGAGCCUCAAAUGUAAGAUCGUGGUCGUGGGGGACAGUCAGUGUGGGAAAACCGCUCUGCUCCACGUUUUUGCCAAGGACUGCUUCCCAGAGAAUUACGUGCCCACUGUGUUUGAGAAUUACACAGCAAGUUUUGAGAUUGACAAGCAGAGAAUAGAGCUCAGCCUGUGGGACACCUCAGGCUCCCCAUACUAUGACAACGUUAGACCACUCUCAUAUCCAGAUUCGGACGCCGUCAUCAUAUGUUUUGACAUCAGCAGGCCGGAGACCCUGGACAGUGUCCUAAAGAAGUGGAAAGGAGAGAUCCAGGAAUUCUGUCCCAACACAAAGAUGCUCCUCGUCGGAUGCAAGUCAGACCUUAGAACGGACCUCACGACUUUAGUGGAGCUGUCCAAUCACAGACAGACGCCGGUGUCCUACGAUCAGGGUUCAGCUAUGGCUAAGCAGAUCUCCGCACCUUAUAUCGAAUGCUCCGCAGUGCAGUCGGAGAACAGCGUGCGGGACAUUUUCCACGUUGCAACGUUGGCUUGUGUAAACAAGAACAACAAGAACAUCAAGCGCAACAAAUCGGCACGUGCCACCAAACGCAUCUCACAUAUGCCUAGUCGACCAGAUCUUACUGCCGUUGCAACAGACCUACGCAAAGACAAAGCAAAGAGUUGCACGGUCAUGUAGUGCAAGGUGUUUGGGGGGAAAGAUUCAUUCUGGGAAACGGUGAGGGUGAACUGUGGAAGCAAGAAAGGUUUGGAAUUCCUUCCAUAGACAAAGCAAAAGUGGAGAGUGGGAGUGUUUACUCGAUGUCCUCGAAGGUCUCUCCGGUUUGAGGGACGUAAACCCAUAGUACGGCCCCAACCACCUAAACUAAACUUAUCCACUCAGCAGGAGGAUGUCACCACCCUCUCGGCCAAUCGGAGGCCUUCCUUCCUGCUCCUGGAUGUGAAACUGCUUCCUCUCUGGAGGGUUCCUUCUGCUGCAGGAAAGAAAGGAGGAAGUAGAAUCACAUAACCAUUGAGUCCAGUGUUUCCGCUGAGCUUUGGUUCACAGCUAUUUUUAAAAGAUGCACAUUUCAGUUGGUCUUGCAGCGAAACGGCGAAGGGGAAGAUGACUUUCAUAAUGGCGAAAUUUGGAAAUUCAGAACUCUCGCUUCUUUCUUUUUGAGUCUGUACACUCACCGAGGAUAUGAAACGAGAGUGUAUCACUGUGGUUACGGAUAACUUCCUCCUCCGAUCCUUCUCGGCCUGUUUUUGUUUCUUCUGUAGACCAAGAGCACGAGUUUAUGUGUGUGUGUGCGUGGUUUUCGUUUUCUAAUGCUAAGCUCAGCUAAAUCCGUCACCAUGGAUACGCCGCUGGUAUAUUUCAACUCGCACUGUUUUCUGUAUAAGUCCUCAUAAUCACAUUACUGUUCAUUAGGAUUCAGAAAAAGAAAAACCAAAGAACUGGAAGGUUUUCAAGUCGGAUGAAUGUUUUGACGAUGUUUGACGUUCUGGAGUGCAUGAUGGAUGUGUGUUUGAGGGCUUUUGGUGGAUCAAUGAGAAUUUCUUUCAUGGUUCCGCUUUAUAUGGAAGCGCAAAUAUGAUGUUUGAGAAUUGACCCGAUCAUUUAGUUUUCAUUUGCAUUUGGUUUAUCCCUGAAGGGGCAUUCACAUUGACAGAGAUUUGCAGGAACAAGACAUCUGGAAGUCUUUAAUUUGCAAUGAGGGUUGGCGAUUUGUGUCCUCAUGAGCAAGAGAGACCGUUUACAAUUCAAUGCAGUUUUUUUGAGUUCAACUUCAUGCAAAUCUGAAACAAAAAUAAUGGCGAAAGGAUGUUAGCAGCAUGCUAAUUUAUUUUAGCAUUUCCUCUGAAAAUUACAGAAAUAUAAGACAAUUUUUGAACAUUUUUCUUGCUAAACUAGACAACCUCGUUAAAUCAGACAAAUCAACUACUAAUUGAUCAUUGUGUAGAAACCUAUACUAGAAACCAAUUGUAUACAGUAGCAAGUUGUCGAGAUCCAGUGAUUUAAUCUGGAUUUGUGAAUGCCUCAUAACAAAGGAUUGUUGAACAAGCACAUAAAUAGCUUUUUAUUGUUAAAGUCGCGUUAUCUGUAAAAUGUUACAUGAACAUUGUGCCUUUUAUGACAUUCUUUUGUUUAAGCACAAUUGUUCAAAUGUUAAAUAAACAAUCAAAUGUCAAAUUCAAGGUCAUAUUAAACCUGCGCUUCUAUCUGCCCUGCCCAAGAAAUAAAAUAAUGCUUUUCGAAGGGCAUGUUAAGAAAAAAAAUUCUCUCCUCUCUACUAAACUAUGCAGUCUGCUUCUGAACACACACGCGAGAGGAUUCAGAAAAAAAAAAAAAAAAAAAACGAUUUAUUAUUUUUCUUUCAAAACUAAAAUUUCGUGUGACUCGGUUUAUUGCCUUGGCGAGCCGUGGAAGAAUAUGCUUUCCACCGUUGUAGUGCUUAAAGUUUCUCAAAACAAAAAUCUUCAGAAGUUGGAAGCUAGCUGCAAAAUCUCAUUUGCUGCAUGUUUGUAGAUGCACUUUUUGUUUAAACUGGCGCAAAACAAACCUUUUUAUUUCAUUUGUCUUUGUUUUUAAUGGGCCAGAGAGAAAUUUCUGGACCGUGUCACAAAUUUGUUUUCACAUAGACAGUAUUACAAAUUUUGGUGUGUGUAAAUGUUGAGAAAUGUGUAGGUGCUUGUAAAAAAACAAAAACAAAAUAUUUCCUAAUGUAGAAUGUCUGUAAUUUUUUUUAAUGCCUUCUGUGUGUUGAGGUCCAUGUAUGUCUGUUUUGUUGAUGUUGCCAUAAUAUUUAUUGAAUUAUAUAUAUUUUUCCCCUUCUAAAUAAAUCCAAAAAUAAAAUGAAAAGGAUCUUUUUGA